ACACAACCAAAAUCAUUCUAUAAAAGGAAAAUAAAAAAUGGCGCAAACAAAUGUUUUUAUCAUCCCCAUAUUUCUCAUGGCCAUAGCUGUAGAGGAAUCGAGAAUAUCCACAUAUAUGUCAAGUGUAUAUAUUGUAUUUAUGUCAUAGACGUAGUCUCCAAGUCUCAUCUCUAUAUAUAUGUUGUACUCUAUCAAUCUCAAUAAUACACAACAUUCUCUAUUCUUUAUAUGGUAUCAGAGCAUUUCGCUCCUUACCUAAAUUUUUCUCUUCUUCUUUCUUCCCUCACCGCCGGAAAUGUCUUCUUCCGCCACAAACACUCAACCUCCAGAGGUCGCUGCAACCACUGAAACAGUGCCUCUCCACACCUCUUCUCUUCUCAACAUCAAUAUGGCCAACAUAACCAAGCUUACCACCACCAACUACCUAAUAUGGAGCCGUCAGGUCCACGCCCUUCUUGAUGGCUAUGAUCUGGUCCCCUUCCUCGACUCUGCCACUCCCAAACCAGAUCCCACAAUCACCACGGCUGGAGUUACGUCUCCGAAUCCCGCCUUCACCAUAUGGAAACGUCAAGACAAGCUGAUCUACAGCGGUCUCCUCGACGCCAUCUCCAUCUCUGUUCAACCACUUCUCUCUCGCGCCUCCACAACUGCUGAGGUCUGGGCUACGUUGGCUACUACCUACGCUAACCCAAGCCGAAGCCAUGUCAAACAACUCAAACACCACCUGGAGAACUGGAAGAAAGGUACUCGCACCAUUGACGAGUAUUUUCAGGGCCUUACUAUCACGUUCGACAAGCUUGCUCAUCUGGGUAAACCCGAAGGCCAUGAAAAUCAGAUUGACUUCAUUCUUGGUGGUCUCCCUGAAGAAUACAAACCCAUCGUUGAUCAGACUGAAGCUCGUGACACUCCACCAUCACUUCCUGAACUCCACGAGAAACUCCUCAAUCAUGAAGCCAAACUUCUUGCUGCUGCUUCCAAAGCCUCACCGUCGUUCCCUAUCUCUGCGAACUACACCAACAACCGCAACAAGUCUUUCUCCAAAUCCUCCUCUUCUCGCUCUCAGCAACCUGGUUCUACCUGGUCACCCGGUGGCUCUACUCGCUCUCCCAAACCAUAUCUUGGGAAAUGUCAGAUCUGUGGCGUCCAAGGACACUCUGCUCGUCGCUGUCCACAGUUUCAGUCCAGCCAAUCUCAACGUCCUCUCCUACCAACACCACCAAAUGCUUGGGUGCCUCGUGCUAAUAUUGCUCAUGCCUCCAGCUCCAACCCUUGGAUCAUGGACUCUGGUGCGACUCACCACAUUACUUCUGAUCUAGCCAACCUCUCCCUUCACCAACCAUACACUGGUGGUGAGGAGGUUCUCAAUGGUGACGGAACCGGUCUCUCCAUUGCCAAUACGGGUGAAGGAUCUCAGCUCGGGGGUCCGGUUACUCCAAGGACGGACUAAAGAGGAGCUCUACGAGUGGCCGAUCUACACAGGCAAUCCGGCAACAUAUUUUGCAACCCCGGCAGUUAAAACCUCGGUCUCCGAUUGGCACUCACGGCUAGGGCAUCCCUCCUCUUCAAUACUCAAAUCUAUUUUAUCUAAAUUCUCUUUACCUAUUUCGGAUUCUCUUUCAACUCCAUUGUCUUGCAUCGAUUGUCUUUCAAAUAAAAGUCAUAAGCUUGCUUUUUCACAAUCCUCAAUCUCUUCCUCUCGCCCUUUACAAUUUCUUUUUACAGAUCUUUGGACUUCCCCAGUUAUGUAUGUUGACUCUUACAAACACUAUCUGAUUAUUGUAGACCAUUUCACCCGCUAUACUUGGUUCUAUCCCUUAAAACUCAAGUCUCAUGUCAAAGAAACCUUCAUUCGCUUCAAAGCCUUAACAGAGAAUCGGUUUCAAACAAAGAUCAGC